CGAAUAAAUAAUUAAUUAAUUACAAUAAUUUUCCAUUGGCAUUUGGCAUUUACAAAACGCUAUCCAAAUUCAGAGGCUGGCUACCAUCACCUCAAAUGGAUUUACUAAGGUGCCAUUUGACACACCGGGUUUAUAAUUUGCCUCCCAAAAUUCACUGCAUCCUCGAGGAUCUAGUGCCCAAUCGGGGCUUCAGUAGAGUAGGAAGGCCCCCGCGUCGCCUUGGUGUGUCGGGACCUGAUACUUUUGUUCAUGUUUCUCCCAAAAGUAGGCGCAGCAUCUUAAUUUGUCACCCAACACUUUUAAACUACUUUUCAAGGUAACUUUCUGCAUGAUUACUCUUUAAUUUCAAUUAGCAAUUAGGAAAACAACUCCCACAAUUGAACUUGUCUCCUUGGCGUGUCCUUUGUACCAUUGAUGAUCAUAGGGGGCCUAACGUGCAUCACGUUCUAAAAGAAAAAGAGCCGCCACUCAUUGAAGGGUACGUAACGUAUAUAUAUACAUAUACUUAGAUGAUAGAUAUGAUGACCAGAAGUGUCUGACUCCGGUCCAGGAAUUGGUGAGGUUAGCAAUAAAAUAAUACAAAGCAUCACCACCCGCCAGCCACCGUUUCCAUAAGUACCAAAGUACCAACAUAUAUAUAUUCAAAGUCGUGACAAGUUGGGGUACCUUCACCGUUCCUUCCUCCUCCAGUACUCAUGGACACAUUGAUUCAUCACAUGUCUUUUACCAAUGCUUGCUUUUAGCUUCGCCCGAGUUUGGAUACAAGUCAUGCAAACUUUUCUUUUGAUUUUGUUUUGACGUCUCCAUUUUGUGAUCAUGCACUCCCCUCGCCUCUGCUCCUUCGCAGGAUUUUCCUCCUGUUCUUUUAGCAUCAGAUAUUUUUGCACAUUCCAAUAGCUGCUACACAAACAUACUCUUCAACAAACAGGAGAAAUUGAAACAAGGAUAGCUGCACCAAAUAUAUUUUCUGUCUGAUUUAUACAUCAAAGAAUAAUUGAAGGUGAAUUAGAAUAAUUAUAAGAUGGGUUUCUGGACACUGUUCGAGGUGGCUUCCAUGCCAAUUUUGCAAGUACUGAUAAUAAGCGUGUUGGGAGCUUUCAUGGCAACUGAUCACUGCAAACUUCUUUCAGCAGACACCCGGAGAUCCUUGAAUAAGCUUGUGUUCGUGGUGUUUACCCCCUCGCUCAUGUUUGCAAGUCUUGCCAAGACUGUCACGCUCCAAGACAUUAUUUCAUGGUGGUUUAUGCCUGUAAAUAUUGGGAUUACCUUUCUAGUGGGAGGAAUUGUUGGAUGGAUUGUGGUUAAGAUACUGAGACCAAAGCCUCAUCUGGAGGGUCUUAUCAUUGCUACAUGUUCAUCUGGGAACUUGGGAAAUCUUCUCCUUAUAGUCGUCCCUGCAGUCUGCAAUGAGGAUGGAAGCCCGUUUGGGAAUCGUAAUGUUUGCAGCUCAGUGGGACUUUCAUACGCAUCUUUCUCCAUGGCGCUUGGUGGUUUCUACGUCUGGACUAUCACUUACCAAAUGGUAAAAACUUCAGCUGUAAAAUUCAAAGCACUUGAAGCGGCUGAGGACUUGGCUUCAAAAGAACCCAACAAGAACUUAGAUGCCACAGCCGAAAGUCACCUUCUGAAAGGAAAAGGUCAUCAAGAGCAAGUUGCUAUAACAGCGGCAACAAAGUCCGUUGUAGAUCCAGAGAAGCAAUUGAAUGUAUCCCAAGAAACUGGGCCCAAUGAAAAAGGGCAGGCAUCGUUCUGGAUUAAAGUGGUCAGGUUUCUUCAUCAGAUUUUGGAAGAGCUCAUGGCACCUCCAACGCUUGGUGCAAUUUUGGGUUUCAUCUUUGGGGCGACCACGUGGCUGAGAAACCUUAUAAUUGGUGAGGGGGCUCCACUACGGGUAAUCCAAGACUCCAUUAAACUGCUAGGGGAUGGAACGAUUCCUUGUAUCACCCUCAUACUAGGAGCCAACUUGAUUCAAGGUUUACGUUCAUCGGCAAUUAAACCUUUGAUUAUCGUGGGAGUGGUCUGUGUUCGAUACGUUAUUCUCCCAGCUGUUGGCAUUUGGAUUGUUAAAGCAGCCGGGAACCUUGGCUUCCUGCCACCGGACCCUUUGUUCCACUACGUACUGAUGAUUCAGUUUACUGUGCCACCUGCCAUGAAUAUUGGUACCAUGACCCAGCUUUUUGAUGUGGGUCAAGAGGAGUGCUCGGUCCUCUUCCUGUGGACGUACUUGGCUGCUGCCCUAGCACUCACCACCUGGUCAACAGUGUUCAUGUGGAUCUUGACCUGAAAGCCCCCAACCCAACCUAGGAAAGCCCAAAAGAAAGAGCCAUCUCCAAUCAGAUUCUUUUCUCUCGUUUGUUUUAGAUACAAACACUAUUACUAUAUAUGCUACCCGUCAUUUCUUUUUGUUUUAGUCAUGUCAACUUGCGUGGAUAACAGCGGAGGUCAAAGGGCUUCCAUAGCGUGGACAUAUACGUACAUAGGCGUAGUGAGUUGAAAAACCGAAAAACAAGACCGAGAGUACACAUCUCAAGCAGAAGAAAAGCCUUGUGCUGUCCUUUCUGUGUCUGGGGGCACAAGGUAUUUUGUAUGUAAAAUUGUAUUAGCUCGUGAUAUUCAUUUCAAUAUCAUCAUAUAGUUGGAUUCUUUCUCUUUUAGCUUUUGGUUGAAACUUGAAUGAAAUGCAACUUUAUGUA